AAAAAGUCUGUCGCUGCCUGAUUUACUAAGACCCCCGAUCCGGUUGCGCAUGCGCUAAAAGUCACCAACUUCCGUUUCCUAGUUUUUCCGAACUACAAAAACGUUUGAUUGGAUUUUUUAAAUCAACGACUACUGAUAACCUCAAACAUGUUUUGUAUAAUAUUCCAACUAUCUCUGCACACGCGUGUCGUGAACUUUGAAGAAGCGGGAAAGAUGACGUUUCCUGUGAGUUCAAAGUUCAAAGUACAGCCAUAACUGCAAGUGAAAGUGAAAGUAAAAUAAGGAAGAAGACGUCUGGCUGUGAGUGGCUCGAGUUCGACGUGAAAUGGAGGAAAUGGGCGCCGCGUGACGUGAUUGAAACUUGUAUUAGUAGAUUGCACAGUACGGUAUUGAUUGAUUGAUUGAUUGAUUGAUUGAAACUUGUAUUAGUAGAUUGCACAGUACGGUAUUGAUUGAUUGAUUGAUACUUUUAUUAGUAGAUUGCACAGUACAGUAUUGAUUGAUUGAUUGAUUGAUUGAUUGAGACUUGUAUUAGUAGAUUGCACAGUACAGUAUUGAUUGAUUGAUUGAUUGAUUGAUUGAGACUUGUAUUAGUAGAUUGCACAGUACAGUAUUGAUUGAUUGAUUGAUUGAGACUUGUAUUAGUAGAUUGCACAGUACAGUAUUGAUUGAUUGAUUGAUUGAUUGAUUGAGACUUGUAUUAGUAGAUUGCACAGUACAGUAUUGAUUGAUUGAUUGAUUGAUUGAGACUUGUAUUAGUAGAUUGCACAGUACAGUAUUGAUUGAUUGAUUGAUUGAUUGAGACUUGUAUUAGUAGAUUGCACAGUACAGUAUUGAUUGAUUGAUUGAUUGAUUGAGACUUGUAUGAGUAGGUUGCACAGUACAGUACAUAUUCCGUACAAUUGACCACUAAAUGGUAACACCCCAAUAAGUUUUUCAACUUGUUUAAGUCGGGUUCCACGUUCAUCACGUCAUGGUGACAUCAUCCACGAUGACAUCACUUUACGGCGUCCUGCUCCUGCUGCUGGACUCGCUGCUCACCGCCGCCUUCUGGACAGUCCUGCUUGUGCUGGGGGGGUCCGGCUGCGGCGCGGUGGAUCAGUGGAGCUUGGCAGGGCUGAAGUGUGUGACCUUGGUCUUGGUCGCCUGCGCACUGGCUGAUGGGAGACGGCGGGCGGUGCUCUGCCGGCUGGCGGCGCUCCUCUGCCUGCUGCCCCCCCUGCUGGACUUCCUGAGCCCUGACCUGACCCCUGACCCGGGCACCUGGCUGCUGGGGGCGGCGUGCUCGGCGUUCAGCUGCGUGGUUUGGGAGGCGGGGCUGAGUGGCGGGCAGAGCGGCCAGAAGAAGGAAGACCUGGAUGCUGGUCGCCUGCUGGCCAGGGUCUUGCAGCACGUCAGAGUGGACUUCCUCUUCCUGUCCUCAGCCUUCGUCUUCCUCAUCCUGGCUGUGGGCUGUGACACUGUCAUCCCCUUGUACCAGGGCAAGGUGAUGGACAUCCUGACAGGUCCACAGCUGGACUCGGACUUCUUGUCCACCGUGGCACUGCUGGUCUUCUUCUCUCUUGGAAGCUGUGUGCUGACGGGCCUGCGAGCGGGCGUGUUCAUGUGCUCGCACGCUCGCCUCAACAAGAGACUGAAGCUGCUGCUCUUCGGGACGCUGCUGAGGCAGGAAGUGCACUUCUUCCAGGACAACAAUGCAGGAGAUCUCUCCUCCCGCCUGCACUCGGACGUCAACAAGAUGGGCCUGACGGUGGCGCUCAACGCCAACGCCGUGCUGCGCAGCACGGUGAAGACGGCGCUGAUGUUGGCGCUCAUGUGGCGUCUGUCCUGGCGGCUCACGGCGCUGGCGUGCAUCGAGAUCCCCCUGAUGGCGGCGCUGCAGAAGCGCCACAUCGCCUGCACCAAGGAGCUGACGGAGCGGAAGCAGGACUGCCUGGCCGCGGUGGAGGCGCUGGCCGGUCAGUCGCUGGGCGGGAUUCGAACAGUGCGCAGCUUCAACGGCGAGCGUGACGAAACGAGGCGGCACCGGGAGGCGCUGCACGAGCUGCGUGGCGUCCGGAGACAGGCUGCGGUCUACAACGCCGUCUUCGUCCUCGUAAGGCGGCUGGGGAGUCUGGCCAUCAAGACGGCGAUGCUUCUGCACGCUCGCACGCUGAUCGCCGGCGGCCACCUGAGCAUCGGGAGUCUGCUCUCCUUCCUCCUCUUCCGGAAACCCAUGUCCCACAACCUCAAGGAGAUCUUGUUCUGCUGCGGGGACACGCUGUCCACGGUGGGUGUCAUCUCCAAAGUCUUCAGUUACCUGGACAGGACCCCGCCAGGCCGGGAGGAGGGCCCCCUGGCCCCCCAACGUCUGCGGGGGAGCCUGGUCUUCCAGGACGUCACCUUCAGGUACCCGUCCAGGGCUCAGGACCAACCGGCGCUGAAGGCGCUGUCCAUGGAGCUGCAGGCGGGGAAGGUGACGGCGCUCGUGGGUCCGUCCGGCAGCGGCAAGACCACCUGCCUCAGCCUCUUGAAGAGGUUCUACGAGCCCGAGUGCGGUCGCAUCCUGCUAGACGGCGAGCCGCUGCAGCACUACCGGCGGCGCUACCUCCAUGAAAAGGUGGUUCUGGUGGAGCAGAGUCCAGUUCUGCUGUGCGGCUCGGUCAGGUCCAACGUGGAGUACGGCAUGACCUGCGACCCCCGGCAGGUGCGAGAGGUGGCCAUCAAGGUGGGAGCGUGUGACCUCCUGGACAGCGACGCAGAUGUGGGCGAAGGAGGCCGGCGUCUGUCCGAGGGCGAGAAGCAGCGCGUGGCCGUGGUGCGGGCGCUGGUCCGAGACCCGCCGGUCAUCCUCCUGGACGAGGCCACCAGCCAGCUGGACGGCCAGGCGCAGGAGGCGGUCUUGCGGGAGGUUCUGCGCGGCGGACGCACGGUCCUGAUGGUGGCGCACCGGCUGAGCAGCGCCGAGAGGGCGGACCGCAUCGUCUUCAUGGAGGACGGCGCCGUGGUGGAGGAGGGCACGCACCUGCAGCUCAUGGCCAGGAGGGGGCGCUACCAUCGCCUGAGGGAGGAGCUCUUCUCUGACCUACUUCCUGUCCAGGACUCCUGACCACUUGGACUUCCUGUCUGCCAAUAAAUCUCCA